UUACUUCCCGUUGUUGCUGUAGCUCUUUGAUGUCAAUUAAGCACGUUGUGAAAUUUCUUCACACAAUUAAUUUUUAUUGCGAUGGCAUCGUUUAAGAAUACAUUCAUAAAACAGUAUCCACGCUUUAAAGAAGUCACUGCUGAUAAUCUUUAUUGGAAACUAGAACCUGCAAUAAUCAAACGUGAGUACGGGGCAAUCAGUUUCAUAGACUUUUCUCAUUCUGAACCGUAUAACUUCGCCGUUACCAACUACACGCGCUUACAUAUUUAUAAUUCACAGACAAAUCAAAUCGUGAAGACUUUUUCUCGAUUCAAACAAAAUACAUACAGCGGAUGCUUCCGUUCCGACGGCAAUCUUUUAGUAGUUGGAGGUGACGAAGGAAUUGUACGAUUAUUAGGUGUUGAGAAAGAUUUUCGGUUACGAACGUUCAAAGGACAUACUGCACCCGUACACGUGUCUCGCUUCACGGCUGAUAAUGUUCGAGUGUUUUCCGGAUCGGAUGAUUUAACCCUGCGACUAUGGGACGUACCAACGGAAACUUGUAUUACUACAUUCCAGGAACAUAAAGACGUCAUCCGAUGCGGUGCUAAUCCAGCUGCUAGUCCGGACAUCAUCUUAUCUGGAGGUUACGAUCACUUAAUCAAAAUGUUCGAUACGAGACUUCAAGAAAGCGUUCUCACCGUUGAUCAUGGAUACCCCGUUGAAAGUGUGCUCAUGUUUCCUUCUGUUGGGCUUUUCUUUUCAGCUGGUGGCAAUUGUAUUAAAGUGUGGGAUGCUUUAGCUGGUGGUAAGUUACUCAAAACUAUUUCUCACCACCAUAAAUCUAUUACGUCUUUGGGGUUCUGCAGUAACUAUAAGAGACUUCUGUCUGGAUCUUUAGACAGACAUGUGAAAAUGUACGAUACCGUAAGCUACCAAGUUGUAAAUACCUUCGAUUAUCCCGGGCCUAUACUCAGUGUAGCCGUUUCUCCAGACGACAGUGUUAUUGUGGCUGGUACUACAGAUGGAUUACUGUCUAUACAACACCGCAAAAAAGAAACCGAUGCCACAACAACGGAACGAGAGAAACAAGGUAACAAAUCCUCGUACCGAUACAGAAUUAACACUGGAAAAUAUGUCGCCUCUGAAAAAGAUGAUUUAGUUAUUGCGAACCCCAGAAAGAAAUUUUUACCUAAAUGGGAUAAACAACUGAAGGCAUUUAAGCACAGUUUUGCUUUGGACUCUGUGUUGGAUAUUCGCGUACGUAUGAAGCAUCCUGAAAUCACUGUUAGUGUUAUGCAAGAAUUGAUACGUCGGAAUGUUAUCAAAUCGGCUUUACUUGGGCGAAAUGAGCGCCAAUUGUUAGUGUUACUCAAGUUUAUCAGCGUAAAUAUACGAAACAUAAAUUUUAUGUCAACCCUUGUAGAUGUUACAAACAUUAUUUUAGAUCUGUAUUCUACAACUUUCCAAAAAACCAGUAAUUGCUCGGCGAGCUUAUUGAAAUUUCACCGAUUAAUUAACAAUGAAUUGAAAUAUCUCAAAACAUGUUCAGAAACUCUAGGAAUGAUUGACUUAAUAUUUGCAGCAGCAGAACUUAACACCACACGUAAAGAAAAUGGUUCAGGAAUUUUACAUUGAAAUGUUUUGUUGAAAUAUAUUUUUCUGAUAUUUAGCAUACAUUAAAACUUAAACAUUUUUUUA